GAUGAUGAGACAAAGGCACCUCGUGCGAUUGUCCUUGGUAAUCAACUGUUGAAGGCGCAGGGUGCUGUGGUCGAUAAGAGUGAUGAUUUGUGGUAUGACAACGAUGAAGAGCCUCAGACUUGGGGUGGAGUUGAUCAAGCAGAGGUUAAUGCUCGCCACCUUCACCGUCGAAGCCAAUUGACUGGUUUUUUACGUUCGAGUCUUGCACCAGGAGUGUCAAGUUUACUACCAAGGUCUUCUCAGAGUCUUGUAAAAGUCGCAAGUUGGAGGAUCUCGUCGGCUUCAUGUCUGAAUUCCAGAAAGUUCCUGUGCCAGGUUACUCGAAUUUGGGCAGUGCUUAUGUUUGAGCGAAGAACUGAAACAUAGGUAUUGCUCAGUGGCAAUUCAGGUUGAAAGAGCGAUAUGAUCACGCGUACUUGAAAAUACAAGAUUUGAAAGCAGGAUAGCAAGUUGCUCUCUAUUAAUUCCUUGUAGAAUCACGUAGAAAUUGUUACGUUUGUUCUUAGGAACGAUGGGAGGACUUCGAUCACCUGACAUACGCUCGUCAUAUCUGUGAGAUAUAUCCAAAUUGUAAUAAUCGGUUUUGGAAGUACUGAAGCCGCUUCUUGAUGUGUAAGACUACAGUUAGCACGAAGAGUGCGGGAAAUCCGAGAAACUCGAAAAGCACCAGCUUCCUAUGGUGCAGCAACCCGGUUGCGCAAGUCAACCAAUUUUUUGGAUGUUGUACCUAAAGCAGACGACCUUGUCGAUCCCUUGGGGCUUGGGUAUGCGUAGCACAAACGUUUACGUUUCCUCCAUUUGUGUCCCAUACUAGAUGAUGUCUGUUUCGUCAAGCUUUUCUUGGCCAUGUGACUACAAACUGGUACGGAGGAGAGGAGUCCAUACAGCGUUCAGUCAUUGUGGGUCUUAUAGACAUCAGAAGUUUGACACUUAUUCCUACAGACAAGAUGGAGAAUCUUCUCCCUAGGACAGAUAAAUGGAGUGAUAUAGGACGAGGUCUCUUGGAAGUCAAGAAGGAUGAUAUGACGACCGCUACAAGAAAUACAUGUGGAGAAGAUCCUACUCACCCCGAACUCUCAUGUAUGAAAGAUUUUAAUACCAGAGAGAAAGUGGAUUUUCAUUCGGAGAAUUUCGACGUAAGAUUCUUCCUGGUUCAUAUACAUCCGAAUACCAGUGCGCAUGAUCUGGAGGUUGCGGGGGAUGCUUUGAAAGGAAAUUUGCAAAGUCACAAAGAAAAUCUAAUGAAAUUGGUGAAAGAGAAUUUUGAUUGUUUCAUCUCCUGCAAAAACACCAUUGACGAUAUACAUUCAAAGCUCGAACAAAUAGAGUGUGCCAAAGAGGGUACUGGAACUGAGCACCUUCACAAUGCCAUUGCCGAAGUCGUUGUUGUUGCCAAGCGAGCAUUUGCACCCCUCCUCGAACUACAGUCUCAAGCUGAGCGUACCAGAUCAGUUCAACGAAUGCUCAAGAGAUUUAGAACUCUUUUCAACCUGCCUAUGGUUAUUCGAUCGGAUAUCAGAAAGGGUGAAUUCGGCCUUGCAAUUCGAGAGUACGAAAAAGCUAAAUCAUUGGCGUUAUAUUCACAUGUUGGUAUUUUCGGCAGGGUGCUGAAAGAGGUUAAAAUAAUUAUUCAGGAACUCGCAGAGAUGCUUUACAAGAGGAUGGAGGAUCCUCAUCUGGAGCUUUCUCAGUUGAAGAACACUUUUCGGCUCUUGUUGAAGCUUGAACCAAAUUCAGACCUUCUUUGGCAUUAUCUCACCAUUCAGGAUCGUAGAAUUCGAGGGCUCCUGGAAGGAUGUACUUUAGAGCACGAAGCUCGCAUGAAGGAUCUUGUUGGUCGUGUUCGACAGCGGGCCCAGUCAGAUGCACGUUGGAAGCAACUUCAGCGAGAACGAAAUAAGGGGUCAGAUGUAGAUUUUAACCUGCUUUUAGGCAGUAAGAACUCGGAGCAAGGCCGAAACAGUAUCGAAGAUUCAACUGACCGUGAACCAAAUGCACUUUUGAGUCUGCUGAUUCGGCGACUCACGGCUAUUAUCGUGACACACCUGCCAAGCUUUUGGGGUCUUGCGAUCUCUGUCUUUAAUGGGAGUUUCUACAAGGUUACAGUUGGAAGCCUGGAAAUGCGAAAGUUGGGAAGUGUCUUAAACAGUGAGAGUGGGAGUUAUACUUUUGGAAAUGUUCCGAAGCCAAUUUUCAUCUCUCAUUCUCUUGAUGAAGUCAUUACCAUGAUCCAUUUCAUCAUUUCUCUAUAUGAGUCGAAGGUCAAGACUGCAUUUCUUGCUCUAUCAGGAGCGAAUGUUCUUUGUCCAUACAUGCUGCAAGCAGUAGCAGAAAUUUCUAAGGCCUGUGUAACACUAGAGGGUAAACGUUGUGUUCCUGCACGUGCAUGUAAACUUCUCCUCAGAACCUCGGAUGCCAUGUUACUAUUGAAAAAGUAUUGUAAAGUUGAAAUGCUGGUAGUGCUGCGGACUGAAGUGGCAAGAGUAUAUGUUCAGCGAUUAUGUGCCUUCAUGAACAUGGCCACUGCAGAUCUUGUGAACGAAGAGGAUUGGAUUCUUAUAGGCCCGAUUGAACGUGGCGGUUCAUCUUUUACAAUUUCAAGUACACCUGUCAGAUUUCAGGACAUGCUUGAAUCUACUAUGGAACGUCUAACUGAGUUGCUGGACAGGCUGAAACAGGAAACUCCUCAGCACGAGGAUAUGGUUUAUCAGCUCCAGCAAAUGCAAGAUAACGUUCAGCAUACUUUUUUUAUGUGUUUUCGCACUCUUGCUGAGAAUAUGGAACGGCUAGAAUAUGAGCUCUUCAGAACUCUUCCAGAUGAAAAUGCCGAAACAGAAAUCGAUCAAGAACAAUUAGGGCCAGGGAGGUUUGCGACAUUCAUCGCUAGAAAUGAAGUGAGUGAUCACCAUCAGCGCUUGCUGGUGCUGCUCAGUAACGCUGGGUUUUGCAACACACUCCUCCUGCCUGAGCUUUCUAGAAAGUACCAACAGAUUUGGUUUAAUGUGGGAAAGGACGAGCAGAAGGAAAUAAGAUCUGGGGACAGUCAAGUGACAGCAGAAGAAGUGUCAGUCAGUUUUUCAUCUUUGGAAAUCAAGAUUCUCAACCGAUACGAAUAUGUAAAGGGGACAUCUGUUGGAAAAGCUGCUGCUGAUUUCCUGUUAAAUGAUGGGACACAUUGGUCUACUUCCCCACCGGUGAAGGGCAUACGAGAUGCAGUGGUGGAGUUGCUUAAUCCUCUUGUUUCCGUUCAUGCUGAGGUAUGUGCAAUGGCUGCAAUAUUUGUAGACAAGGUGAUAAAACAUCUAUCGGUAGAACUCAUGGACGCAUUGCUCAAAGUCUUCAUAGUGAACAAGAGGAAGGUUCUUAAAUCUCUUGAUGUUCAAGGAUACUGCCAGCUUAUGCUCGAGAUUGAAUAUAUUGAAGCUGUACUCGGAGGAUAUCUAACUACACCUGCCCGGGAUGUAGCACUUCAAUGUCGGAGCUUGCUUCUUGACGAGGUUCUUGAGACUGUUGGUGACAUAUCCGAUCUAGGUUCAAAAAGGUCCACGAGCAGUGAUGAUGGAGAUGACAUGGGUUUUGUGAGCAUGUCACAGGAGGAAAUACAGGUACUUGCAGAAAAUGUCAUUGCAGACUACCUUCCAAACGAGUUGAAGAGAACACGUAUCAACGUCUCCUGUUUCAUGGAUGUACCUCAGGACAGUAAUCUGCAAGAAAGGGGGCCCAGAUUCACCCAGCAACCAACUCUAUCAAGAGGUGUUGUUCCUGGUGUGUUGAGGUCAAGGUAUUGCACAAAAAAUUCUACAUCAAACAUGACUGACUCCGAGUGGGAAAAGCUUGUCAGUGCCUUUCCUCCCAUCCCGGAGUCAUAGAUUGAUUAUUUAGUUAGAUUUGAAAGAAAAAUAAAAAUAAAUAAAAAUCACAUUGUAAAAAAAAUAAAAAAUCCAAAAAGAAAAUAAAAACUACAAUAAAAAAUAAUUUAACUAUUGAAUAGAGAAAUAAAGAUAUUGUGUCUUGUCAGAAUGGGUAGAAUAGGGAAACAAUAAAUAUGAAAAUCUACUUUCAACCGUAUAUAACACAUAUAUGAUAUAUCUAAUUUUAUUCAAAAGAUUGAUUACUAUAUCAUUUGUUAUUGCAUUUCAUAAAAAUCUCAAAUGCAAUCAAUAUUUUAGAGAAAGCAAAAGAAGUUUUAAGAUUUUUCUUAAGAAAA